UUGACCUGAUGUUUGGUUAGUUGUGUCUAGAUAAAGAACAUAACAAUUGGCGACGAGGACAAACAUGACAGCGACAUUUGGUAAAAUCGACGCUUUUGAGGAGGCGGUCGGAACGUGGGAACACUAUACAGAACGUCUGGGACAUUAUUUUGAUGCGAAUAACAUCGGAAACACGGACGAUGCAGACAAGGCAAAACGUAAGUCAAUCCUAUUGAGCGUUUGUGGCGGAAAAGUGUACAAGCUCAUGUGCGAUCUCCUUGUACCGGCUAAACCGGGCGAUAAGACAUAUGAUGAACUUGUGGCAAUAGUACAGGGCCAUUAUCAGCCAAAAUCAUCAGAAAUUGUUGAACGUUAUAAAUUCCAUAACAGAUUUCGAAGUGCGGGAGAAACUGUGUCAGAUUAUGUUGCGAGUUUGAGGCAUUUAGCGGAACACUGUAACUAUGGAGAAACCUUAGACAAUAUGUUGAGAGACAGAAUAGUUUGCGGAAUUAAUGAAGAUCGCAUUCAACGUCGGUUGUUGUCGGAGAGUGAAUUAACAUUCAAAAAGGCAUUUGACAUCGCAUAUUCGAUGGAAUUAGCGAAGAAAAACGUAAUAGACCUUCAACAAUCUACUAGUUCAAAGGAACAAGUCAACAAGUUACAGUCUUCGCAAAGCGCGAAAUUCAAAAACAAUAAACAGUUCAACAAGGGACAUCAAAGUUCUGGAAGUACUGAUAGACAUGACAAACCAUGUUGGCGGUGUGGAGGGAAGCAUAAACCUCACACAUGCAGGUUUAAGGACUAUGAAUGUUACAAGUGUGGUCAAAAGGGACACAUUAGGGAUAAGUGCCCCAACAAGGAGGGGGAUAAGUCAGGCAAGCUGUAUAAAAGGCAAAGUGGUCAGUACAGCAAACAGCCUUCCAAGGUCCAUAUGAUGGAGGAUUCUGAGGACGAGAUGUACAUGAUGUAUCACAUCAAUCACAUUGGGGAAUCAAGGAAACCCUACCAUGUCAAACUUCAAAUAGGGGGUAAGAAUGUGGACAUGGAAAUCGAUACAGGCGCUGGAAUUUCAGUGUUGAGUGAAACAACAUUUCGCGAGUUAUCUGAGGAUACUGGACUCGAACUCAAACCCACCCAGGUCAAGUUACGCACAUACACAGGGGCAAGUGUGCCUACUUUGGGCGAGUGCGUACUCACAGUGUGCUAUCGUAACUUUACGAGAGAAAUGUUGAUUGUAAUAGUCAAGGGUAACGGUCCGAAUCUCAUGGGACGCGACUGGCUAGGGAAAAUAAAGUUGAACUGGGCUGAGAUAUUCAAGGUCAGUGAGGAUCAUGAACUACAGACAGUGCUUGAUAAGCAUAAGGCAGUCUUUGCAGGAGGACUGGGUAAAGUGAAAAACUUUAAAGCCAAGAUAUAUGUGGAUCAGAACGAGAAACCGCGUUAUUUCAAGGCAAGACCAGUUCCAUACGCAUUGCGGGAAAAGAUUGAAACGGAACUGGAUAGACUGGUGCAGGAAGGCACCAUUGAGCCUGUUGAAAUGUCAGAGUGGGCGACACCUAUCGUACCCAUUGUCAAGUCGGAUUCUACCAUUCGUAUCUGUGGUGAUUACAAAGUAACUGUAAAUCAAGUGAGUAAGUUGGACAACUACCCAAUCCCUAAGACUGAAGAUUUGUAUGCUAGUCUUGGAGGUGGAGCUUUCUACUCGAAACUGGAUUUGAGCCAGGCUUAUCAGCAGUUAGAGUUGGACACCGAGUCGAAACCCUACACAACAAUCAAUACCCAUAAGGGCCUGUUUUGCUAUAAUCGUCUACCAUAUGGGAUUUCGUCAGCUCCCGGAAUUUUCCAGAGGACAAUGGAAAAUAUCCUUCAAGGUGUACCGCAAGUGAUAGUUCGUGUCGACGACAUCUUAGUCGCCGGGAGGGAUCGACAGAGUCAUAUCAAGAACUUAGAACUGGUUUUGACCAAACUGGAGAAUGCGGGUAUACACUUGAAAAAGAGUAAAUGCUUUUUCAUGAAGGAAGAAGUUGAGUAUUUGGGUCACAGGAUCACUGGAGAGGGCAUGCAACCGAUUGAGGUCAAGGUUAGAGCCAUCAAGGACGCUCCUGCGCCCAGGAACGUGAAAGAACUUCAGGCUUUCCUUGGUAUGCUUAACUAUUAUGCGUGCUAUUUACCCAACAUAAGCACAGUGCUUGCACCACUUCACAUGUUGUUAGCCAAGGAGACUGACUGGAAGUGGGGAAAACGCGAAGAAAAUGCGUUCGUCAAGGCCAAGGAACUUUUACAGUCGGAUACGGUACUCGUGCAUUACGAUCCGAAGAAGAAGCUAGUGUUGUCGUGUGAUGCUUCUCCUUAUGGCCUUGGUGCGGUUCUAUCGCAUGUCGAGCCAGACGGCAAGGAACGGCCUAUCGCCUACGCGUCGCGUUCGCUGGCACCGGCUGAAAAGAACUACUCUCAAUUGGAUAAGGAGGGCGCAGCCCUUAUCUUUGGUGUGAAAAAGUUUCACCAGUAUUUAUAUGGAAGGACAUUUACCAUAUAUACAGAUCACAAGCCGUUAUUGGGGAUUUUCAAGACUGAUCGGGCCAUUCCGACUAUGGCAUCUGCGCGCAUCCAGAGGUGGGCGCUUCUACUCGCGGCAUACGAGUAUGACUUAAUCUACCGUCCGGGAACAUUGAAUGCUAACGCCGAUGGGCUUAGUCGAUUACCUCUGAGUGAAACUGUAGAUGAGGUACCAGUUCCAGGAGAAAUGAUUUUGAUGAUGGACACGCUUAACUCUUCGCCCGUAACCUUUGAGCAAGUGCAAACCUGGACAAAACAGGACCCUACGUUACAGGAAGUUAUCGGCUGGGUGUACAGAGGUUGGGGAGAGAAGUGUCCGAAUGAACGGUUAAAACCCUAUCACAACCGGAGACAUGAACUCAAUCUGUAUGAGGAUGUUCUACUGUGGGGGAAUCGCAUAGUAAUCCCUACAUUUGGACGAGCAUCGUUGUUCGACGCCCUUCAUGAAGGUCACCCAGGCAUCGUCAAGAUGAAAAGUUUUGCUCGAGGGUACGUCUGGUGGCCAGGCAUUGACGCCGAAAUCGAGGAGCGAGUGAAGUGUUGUGAGUCGUGUCAACUACAGGCUUCCAUACCGGCAAUGGCACCACUUCAUUCAUGGGACUGGCCAUCGAGGCCAUGGUCACGCGUACAUGUGGACUACGCAGGUCCAUUUCUGGGUAACAUGUACCUGGUCGUCAUUGACGCAUAAAGUAAGUGGGUUGAGAUUUUGGUUACAAACUCAUCCAC